UCGCAUUAUUUAUAUCUCAACUGCAUGCCGCGCGUAUAGCGCGGACUUCAGAUUGUAGUUAUUAUUUGCCCAUGAGGGAGAAAAAAGCAUAACUCUUUUUUUUAUUUGUCAUUAUGUGAAUUUAAUUAUUAUUUGCUCAACAAUUUCUUUAUCGUGUUUCCAUUAUUGUUAUUUAACCUUAUCUUUUAUGCUUAGGUAUAUUAUUUUCCUUGCUUCAUUAAAUUGUUGCUCUUGAAAAGGUUGGUAUAAGAUAUGAUUUUGCAGCGGAUGAUGUUCUCGUUCAUUGACAUUAUUAUUGCUUUUCAAAGUGAAGGUCAUGAGUUCGAGUUUCAUCUUCUAGAGCAAAAAACUUUGGGUUGGACCAAAGGUUUUACCAUAGAGGGAACUCAAGUGGUGGAUUUUUCUAUAGUGGGCCAGGUAAGCAAUGUUUCUCAUGUCUGCGUUCAUGUGCGUGGGUGGCUUUUUGCCGUUGGGUUACCUAGAUGGUCAGGCUUGUUGGUCGUUCAAAAAAAUAUAGGUAUAUAGAUAGAGAUGCACAAAAAAAACGGUUCAUGACCUGACCUGGAACCGGUUCCGAGUCCUACCCGGUGGAAACCAUACCCGAUUCAGAACCGAUUGCACUCGCUAGUUCCUACCUGUUUGUAAAUAUGUUUUAAAAAAUCAGUUCCUACCUGGGAACCCCCCCCCCCCCUUUGUGGGAAUCGAACCGAUGACCUAAUGGUCGUAAGCUUUAUCCUACCACGAAGAUGCUACUAGGUUAUAAUGCAAUUUGCUAUUACAUGGCAAACUUAAUUACUCAAAGCGAGUUUAAUGUUUUAGCGGAUUUAGCGUGUAUGUCUAUAAAUAGGUGUUAUUGGCUAUUUUUUUUUUUUUUUUUUUUUUGGAGUUUGUUAACGUGAAGUGUGUGUUUUGUAGUGUGCAUCUCAAAACAAUAUUUCAUAGUAAUAAACAGAGAUUUUGUAUUUACAUUUUAGUGUGUUUGAUCGUUACCACUCUUGCCAUUCACGAAUGGAUUUUGAAGUUGUGAUUCGCGUUUUUGCAGAUUAUAGAGACCUUACACUUACAAUUAGACAUUUUUUUUGAACGGCCAAUAGAAUCAAUCCCGAGCACUCUCGGGGCAUCCACUGGACCAAACGAAGUACUCCGGGAAUAGCCUGAGUCCACCACCAAUUACGGGGAAAACCAGUAACUCACCCGCCCGUAGGCACGACGGUGAAAUUAUCGGUAAAACCCGUUUGGCUCAAGAAUCGAUCGAACCCAGGUUUCCCUAGGUCUCCUAUCAUUGUCCAUCAAUGCCUCAAUCUGCACCAAGUGGGAGUUGAACCUGCAUCUCUCAAAAGAAAUGCAAGUCUUCCACCACUUGAUCUAGAGAUCAUUGGCUACAGUUAGACAUUUUAAAACUUAAAAUUAACAUUAUUCAACACUUAACAUUAACAUUAUUCAAACACUUAAAAAUUAACCUUAAACAUUUUAUAACCCAAAAAUUAAACUUAAACAAUUUAACUAUCUAGUUUUAGUUUCACGGAUGCUUCCCCUUUUGUUAUUAGUUGUUUUUGGCAUGAACAUGUUUAACUGUAUGUUUUUUGAGUUCGUCACGGCUUUGAGGAACUUCCCACAGUAUAUGAACGAGCCAUCUGGGUGUGGUCUACCGACUAACAUAAGACAUAAGUCGUAGUGGGUCCAAAUCUUGGGAUUUUUUUUUUUGGUUUCGAGUAACACACCAGCUUUUUCCUUGUUUGCCAUCGUUGGUUUACUUGAAAGUUGAGAGGUUUGACCGUUUUGCGUUUUAGUAAGUGUUUAAGUGUUAAAUAAGUGGUGUAAUCAAACCUAAACCUUCAUGUAGGAACUGGACCGGACUCGACCCUAACCAGGUGAAUUACACACCCAUCUAUACAUGUAGACCCCGGGUCCAGUUGUACCAAAUUGGGUCUUACCUGAUUCCUAUCGGAUUCCGGUUCUGACCUAAUUCUCGAUUGAUGCGUUUAGAUAAAUUUAUGUUUAGUUUAUAUAAAAAGAAAAAAAAUAUAUAAGUGACGUUUCUACUUAUUUGUUAUUUUUUUUUACAUUCUAUAUAUUUUUCUUUUAGUUGUGUUUUAAAUCCCUUUUUUCUCAAAAAUUGUUUUCUCGGCGACGUGCAUGGUGUGGAGAGGUGGUUACCAAUCAAAGGGUACCACGUGGAGCAGCAAUAACAAAUUUUAUUCUGUUUGUUUGUUGUAGUAACAAAAUUUCCCGCCCAUCCCACCCCACCCCUGUUAUAUAACUAACUAACUAAGGUGUGUAUUACUUACACCUAAUCCAUCCAUGGCGAUCUCUCUCAAGCUCUCCAAACCUAUGCUCUACGUCAAUUUCAAAACUCCCUCUCUGUUCACCAUGAAGAAUCGAUCUCUAUGUGUGAAACCACAGCAGCUGAUCAACAGAUUUGCUCCUCUGAAAAUCCACGCCGCUGCUUCUCCAGGAGACGACAACCGGAAGAAACAACCAUCACUGUGGCAAAGGCUCCACGCUUUUCUUAAAAACCAUCCUGUUUCUCCUGUCUUGGCUUUUAUUGCCAUGGAACUCAUCAUUACCAAGGACUUUCAGGACAUGUAUCCCAAUGCUACAAUUCUGAAGCCAUUGUUGUCCUUCAAAGUCAACAAAAACUUCUUUAUCAGUAGUUGUUUGAUCCUCGUUGUUGUUCUCAUCGUCAUGUUGAUUAUCGACGAAUACCUUAGGAGUCUUAAGUAGUGAAGGUAAAUACCAGGAAAUUAAGGAUAUAAAUACCAUUAAAGGAUAUGAGGAAAUGAAUUGAUAAAGAUGUUAGUUUGUAGAAAUUUUAGAUUAAUAAUUAAUAAGGAUACUAAUAAAAAUAAAAAUGAUUCAAAAUAAGUAAUUGUUGGUUAAGAUAUUUAAAAUCUUGAUGAGUCUGGUAUUGUUGGAAAUAAAAAUCAAAUUUCCAAAUUCUCCAAAAGACCCAAACGAUUUUUGGGGUUCAGGCUACACGGUAUGGGGACGUCCCCACACCGUCGCACUCCGGCGCCGCACCAAACACCGUGCCGCCCCCGGCACGUCGCGGCUUCUCCGUCUGUUCUUCGUCGUUGGAGACGGACCAAAAAAGUGGGGCCACAUUAAUUAUUCGACCGUUAAAAAAAUAAAAAAAAUAAAGAAUUUCCAUAUUUUGAAUAAAUCCAAACGGUCAAAUUUUUUAAAUAUAUAUAUUUACCUUCCAUUUUCACUUUCAAUCACCAAAUUAACCCCAAAAUUUCAUCUCUUUCUCACAUAAUUUUUAUAAACCUUCUUCCACUAUAAACCUUCUUUCUCAAAUAUAUAUAAACCUUCUUCCACUAUUUUAUAAACCUUCUUCCACUAUAAACCUUUUUACACUUUUUCAUGGAUCCGUUCAACAACCCGGACAACCCGAAUACUCCCAACAAUCCGACCCAACCUAAUGUUUUCUCGGUUCCGGGAUAUUAUCCGACGCUAGAACCGAACCAAUUCUCGCAAUAUUCAUCGAACGCGUUUGCUUCAUUCCAACACUCGCCAAACCAAUUCGCUCAAAUCUCCCAAAAUCAAGCCCUUCAACAAAUGAUGAUGCGGGGUGCUUGGAACUUCCCACCCGUUCAACCUCAACCGAUCCCCACACCACCCGUUCAACCUCAACCGAUCCCGACCCAAUCCGAACCCGAAGACGAUGUGGAGAUUGUUCCCGAAACCCAACCGCCUAAAGGGAAAGGAAAACGAAACAAAGGCAAGCAAGUGGUGGGUGAUCAACCGUCGAAACCGAAGGCGACUAAGUGGACACCAAUCGAAGAAGAAGCCUUAGCCAAGGCUUUCAUUGGCACUUCUGACAACCCGACAAAAGGUAAUAAUCAAUCGGGUGAGGGGUUUUGGUCCAAGGUAUUGGCCAAGUUUCUCGUCUUGAGGGACCAAGGCCCGUAUCGAGAUGUCGACUCGGUCUCCUCAAAGUGGCGGAAAAUGAACUCGUCUAUCAAUAGGUUUUGCGAGGAAUAUAAUAAAUUAUAUACAAGUGACCGUCGUAGCGGGUGGAACGACGAGGAUGUGUUCAAAAAUGGCGUUGGAAAAGUAUAAGGACAAGAGUGGUAAUACCAACUUUCCUCACGUUCGCGCGUGGAUGGUUGUAAAAGACGAACCAAAAUAUAGGCCUAUUCCCAACGAGGUGGCGAUGGCGAAACGCCAAAAAACAUCGGAAACGGGUAGUUUUAGCGCCGGUGGAUCGGACGCGAGGUGUCACAUAAACUUAAAUGAUGACGCCGACUUUGACGAAGACAAGUACAACGUACGUGAACCGGAGCGUCCAACGGGCCGAGACAAAACAAAGAAGGAGCGGGCCAAGGGAAAAGAAAAGGAAAAGGUGGACCUGAACAUGAAUAUGGUUGAGUUUAUGGAACACCUAAAAAUGUACAACGACGUCACCGCCCAAAAGACGAAGGCGAAGAAGCGGGGCGUCGAAGAAAAAAGUCGUGAAUCGGAAGAAAAGUUACGCGAGAAGGUCCGAUUGGCGAAUGAGAAAAUCCAAAUUUCCGAUGAAAAAAUUCGGCUCAAGGAAUGGGAAAUAAUGAUGAUGAAUGUCGAGGACGAACCCGAGCCGAAACGUUCGAUGUUGAAAAAAUUACAA